AAUGUGGAUGUAGCAGGUACUUGGCUUGUUAAUGGUGAUAAUACAGUCUUCUUAACACAACCCAGAAAUACAAGUCCUUUUCAAGGCAUCAUGUACGACUACAUUCGAUUUGAAGGCCUCUGUAAUGGAGACAGGCCGAGCUUCCUUUCACAUCUUAUCUUUUCCAAGUUCACGUGUUUAUACCCGUUUACCCAGAUUGUCAUCAGGAUGUUUUGGAAGGUUGGUUAAGUUUCUCUUGGCGCUAACUUUCUCCCUGGAGAUAGCAAUAGCCUUGCCAGCAUCAACUCUUGAGACACAACUCCGUGAUCUUGAUCAAAAUGUGGUUAUGGAUAACGGAAUUCUCCAGGUUACGUUGUCAAAACCAGAAGGAAGUGUCAUAGGAAUUCGAUAUAACGGAAUCGAAAAUUUGCUUGCAGUUCAAAAUAAGGAAUUCGAUCGAGGUUACUGGGACCUGGUGUGGAAUGCGGCAGGAACGAAAGGAACAAAAGGCAAAUUGGACAGGAUUGAGGCAACAGAAUUCCGGGUAGUAGUAGAAAAUGAGGAACAGAUAGAAUUAUCAUUCACCAGGAAGUGGGAUCCCUCUUUGGAGGGUAAAAUUGUGCCUUUGAAUAUUGACAAAAGGUUUGUAAUGCUUCGUGGUUCCUCAGGGUUCUACACCUAUGCCAUUUUUGAGCACCUAGAAGGAUGGCCUGCUUUAGAUAUUGACAAUAUCAGGGUUGCGUUCAAGCUCAAUAAGGAAAGGUUCCGGUACAUGGCUAUAGCUGAUAACAGGCAAAGAUCCAUGCCCUUACCCGAUGAUCGCUCACCCAACAGAAGUCAAGUGUUGGACUACCCAGAAGCAGUUUUACUCGUAGACCCUGUGGAGCCUGAGUUUCGAGGAGAGGUGGAUGACAAGUACCAAUAUUCAAGUGAAAGCAAGGAUGUUAAGGUUCAUGGCUGGAUUGGCACUAAACCCUCUGUGGGAUUCUGGCAAAUAACUCCUAGCAACGAGUUUCGAUCAGCCGGACCCGUAAAACAGUUCCUCACCUCUCAUGUUGGACCUACCAAUCUCGGAAUAUUUCACAGUGUCCAUUAUUCAGGAGAAGAUCUAGUCAUAAGAUUUGCAGAAAAUGAACCAUGGAAAAAAGUUUUUGGCCCAGUUUUCAUUUAUCUGAAUUCUUUGUCCGAUGAAAAUGAUCCGCUUUUGCUCUGGAAGGAUGCCAAUGAUCAGCUGGUGAUUGAAGAGGAAAACUGGCCUUAUACUUUCCCAGCUUCAGAAGACUUUCCAAGGUCUGAUCAACGUGGCAGCGUCAAUGGAAGAUUACUUGUCCAAGAUUGCGAUAAAUGCAUACCUACAAAUGGUGCUUACGUGGGGUUGGCUCCCCCGGGAGAGAUUGGAUCGUGGCAAAAAGAAUGCAAGGGUUAUCAAUUUUGGACAACGACGGAUAAUGAUGGUUAUUUCAAUAUUUCAAACAUAAGAACAGGAAGUUAUAAUCUUUAUGCUUGGGUCCCUGGUUUUAUUGGCGAUUACCGCUACGACAUCCUCGUUAACAUAACAGCAGGUUCUAAUAUUCAUUUGGAAGAACUUAUACAUGAGCCCCCUCGAGAUGGCCCAACAUUAUGGGAAAUAGGUAUUCCUGAUCGUUCUGCUGCAGAGUUCUAUGUUCCCGAUCCUAAUCCGAUGUACUUGAACAAAUUGUAUAUCAAUCAUCCGGACAGGUUUAGACAAUAUGGACUAUGGGAAAGAUACUCAGAGAUUUAUCGCAACGAAGAUUUGAUUUACGAUGUUGAUGUCAAUGACUAUAGAAAGGAUUGGUUUUUUGCACAAGUCACCAGGAAGAAAGAGAACAACAUAUAUGAAGGAACAACGUGGCAAAUCAAGUUUAAACUUGACAGUGUUGAUGAAAGUGGAAUAUAUAAACUAAGAUUGGCUCUAGCUACUGCUCAAGCUGCUGAAUUACAGGUUCGGGUUAAUGACGAUGAUUUAGAAAAAUCUCCUCUAUUUUCGAGUGGAAAAAUCGGGAAGGACAAUACGAUUGCAAGACAUGGAAUUCAUGGUUUGUACUGGGUGUAUAACGUGAAUGUACCUGGGAGUUUGCUUUUGAAUGGCAACAAUACAAUUUUCCUUACACAACCGCUAAGUACCAGCCGUUUUCAAGGUAUCAUGUAUGAUUACAUUCGUUUUGAAGAAUCUUCUAAUUCCA